AUGUCCAAGAACAUCGACCCGCUCCGAAAGCAUCUUCAGCAGGCCUCAGACAUUGUGGAGAAAUCGAAAACGGUGAAGAUGAGUUUGCGAUCUCGUUAUGUAGCUACACUGAACUCCCUCGCCUCAAUCAUGAUACUUCCAGAACGCAUCCUUCUGAAUAUCUUUCAUAUGGCAGUGCACGCUGAAGUGGGGAUUGCCUCGAAUCCUGUCAAUGUGUGCACGCACUGGGGGACUCUGGCAGCAUCUUACGCCAUGUUAUGGACCAGGGUGCAUGUUGAUGCCACGAAGCUGCAACUAGACAUCCAGAGGGCCCAGGGAGAUGAGAAGAUGCCUCGUUUAGGGUCCCUCCGAAUGAUCCUCGCACCGGACUACAACCAUUUUGUCCCAUUCAGACUGUUGGAAGAUGGUGAUAUCGAUACGAGCGACCUAAGGGCUUUGGACCUCCGCAUUGAUCGAUCGUGUUUUCGAGGACUUGGGUGGGAAACAUUCCGCGUCGAUUUGAAGUACAUUGAUGCACCAUUGCUGCGAACCUUUAAGAUCGAAGAACUCGAAAUCACGUCCAUGCCCGAUGCACCGUUCCAUCUGACCACUAUCAAUACGUUGAACGGCAAUGAUAUAUGGAAUGCUCCACCAACUUCUCGAAAAUUCCCCUGA